GUUGACAUGGAAAACAAUGGAGGCCCUUCAAUCCAAAGCGGCUGGGCAUUGAUUAGCCCCUUGGCUCAAGUUGACAUGGAGCCCCAAACCGCAAAGGGCCCCAUUCACGCCGUAAGAAGCACCUGGAGUGGUCAAAACUCCGCCAGGCGAAACUUUCAUUGCGCGACGACGGGUCGCUCUCAUCUGCGCUGGGCGGCGUCAAGCUUGGUGUGCCUCCGGCUGGGUCGAAGCGGCCGGAGCAGUCAGAGACGUGCCAUUAAGGUCAAGUCGUCCGGGGUGAAUCUGGGCAAAUGCAAACUGCUGGUGGAUGACAAGAUGAGUGUCGCUCAGAUUGAAAGGGCAGCAGAGAUGCUGCGGGAGGAAGGAUGGGACUUGGGUAUUGAGCUCUUUGCCGAACCAGGACGAUGCAAGGAUGAAAACUGGCGAGCCCUGCUGGACAGGUCGGAAGUGACCUUGGCGACUUCAAGUCCUGGACAGGCCAAAGACUCGCUCAGAGCUCGGGCCUUGCAACUGGCUGAAGCACCAAGCGGUUGCCUGUCCAUGCUGGUGUGUGACGCUGAUCUUGCAGAGCUUGUCAGUGAUUUGCCGUCGCAAGGCAAGAAAGCCAUUGUGAUUCUUCCGGCUCAAACAUCCAUUCUUUCAAGAUACAAAGCAACCACUGCUGACGUGCGGUCAUUGCCAUCAUUUGGGUCGGUGGAACUUGUCCCCGAGCCUGCCCUACGGCUGGCGGAGCUGUUGAUCGUGUGUCUUUUCCUGGCCACCUACUUCUUGCAGCCGGAUGGGUUCGGGGGCCCCUCAUUGCCUACCUACCUGCGUUGGAUCGGGCUGGCUCCAUACUUCUGGUGGUGGGAUCAGUGCUCACCUUGGGAUGGUUUUUGCGCAUCAAAUAUUUGGGGCCUAUGGAGGGCAUUUUGGAACUAUGCCAUCGGCCUGCCAGGGCAAGCUCAGGCGGAGCUGAAGGAUGCGCCACUGCUCGAGAAGGCCAUCGCCGCCUUCAUCAGCUGGAUCUUCGCCCUGGCAGCCGGCAUCGUAGCAUUCGUCGUGGGUGCCGUCUUGGACAUCAUCCGCGAGUUCCUGGUGUUGGCCAUUUUUCUGGUGCCUUUGGGGCUUCUCAUCAGUUCGGGCCUCCAGAACUUUUUGCCACCGGAGGUGCAGGCCUUGCUGUUACCCAGCCUCGGCCGCUUCGGGUUCUUCCUCAGCCUCGCACUGCUGCUCCGUGCAGCGCGGUUUCUGGUGAAUGCCGCGGGCGAAGCGAAGGACAGAGGCGCCUAGUGAGCAGACAGCUCGACAGUUGGCCGUUUGGGGAAGGGGGUCCGUUAUUUCC